AUGCUGCUUGCGGGACGGUCCGUAGCUGUCGGUGUCGUUGGAACCCCCGAAGGAUUUGCUGCGAGCACUACUGGUGGUGGCUCUGCUACUCCUCAAUAUCCUGCUGAUAUCGCUGAGUUGAAGACUUGGCUUACUGAUUCAACGACCCGAGUUAUUGUCCUCAACAAAGAGUACAACUUCAUCGGUAGUGAGGGUUCCGUGACCGAGACAGGAUGCAGACCUGCUUCGAACAAGUGCCCGGGUGAUGGUGGACAGGAUGCCAUCAAUCACGCUGACUGGUGUACCAACGGUAACGCUGGAACCGGAGCAACUUCUAUCAGCGUCACUUACGACAAAGCCGGCGUCAGCCCCAUCGACGUCGCCCCAAACAAGUCCAUCAUUGGAAUCGGAAGCUCUGGAGUCAUUCGCGGCAAGGGUCUGCGCAUCGCCAAUGGAUCAAAGAACGUCAUCAUCCAGAACAUCCGUAUCACCGAGCUGAACCCUCAAUACAUCUGGGGAGGGGAUGCAGUCACCAUCGCAGGCGCAGAUCUAGUUUGGAUAGAUCACGUCAAGAUCUCUCUCAUCGGUCGCCAAUUCGUCGUCUUGGGCACCACCGCCUCCAACAGCGUAUCCAUCACCAACAACGAGUUCGAUGGCUCAACGUCCUGGUCGGCAACCUGCGAUAACCACCAUUACUGGGCCUUAUAUUUCACCGGUUCCAGCGACCUAGUCACCCUCAAGGGCAACUACAUCCACCACACCAGCGGCCGCUCGCCAAAGGUCGGCGGCAACUCCCUCAUUCACGCAGUUAACAACUACUGGUAUGCGAACAGCGGCCACGCCUUCGAUGUCGCCAGCGGUGGCUACGUGGUUGCGGAAGGAAACGUCUUCCAGAACGUCGUGACACCGCUUCUUUCUGGCUCUGCUGGCAGUGUGUUCUCCUCCCCGGACACCACGACCAACAAAGCUUGCUCGACUUACCUGGGUCAUGUGUGCCAGCUCAAUGCGUUUGGAAGCAGCGGCACGCUUACUGGCUCUGUUACGAGCUUCUUCUCGAAUUUCAAUGGCAAGACGGUUGCGUCUGCUGCUGCUAACUCUGGCGUUGCUUCUAGUGUGAAGGGUAAUGCGGGUGUUGGGAAGGUCUGAGUGGUCUCUCGCACGACAUCUGUUUGGGAGCUUGGGGAAUGAGGUUUACUCCUUUUGCUUCUCUAGUAUAUACUUUGUCUUCUAAGUUUGGGAGCUUGUGCUUUUUGCUAGCUAUCCUAUGUAUAUAUAUUGUUCAAAAAAUGGAUGAGGAUUCUGAG